UAGACAAAGCAAAGAUCAUGUGAGUGUUCAUUUUUUGACACCAGCUGACAGCUAGUGGUCGAUACCAUUUAUUUUAAGUAAUCGUAAUUCUGAUAAAUAAACCAGCAAAAUGGCCUGCAAAUUCUGUGGACCUAAGCUGUCGCUGUGCGGGCUCGUAUUGAGCGUCUGGGGAAUCAUUCAAUUGACUUUGAUGGGCGUCUUCUACUAUAUCAGAGCUGUAGCUUUGUUGGAAGAUCUCCCACUUGAGUCAGAAGGUGGUCAUCAUUCUAUCGAGAGUUUUAUCGCUACCGUAGAAGCUGGAUACACUCAGAAUGCUUACAACUGCUGGAUUGCCGCACUGCUAUACGUUAUCACCCUCGUUGUAUCCGGACAUCAGUUCUGGAUGAACAACCGUUCUUCAGUUAGUAUGUAAAAUGGUAUAAUCAACGUAAUAAUGGGUACUGAAGCUCUGGUACAAGUUGUUAUGUUACUGUUGAAUAACUCCAUUCCAUUUUUAAUUUAUUUAUAAUAGCUCUUGAGUCAGAGUUCUAAAAAGUUUUGAUAUUGUUCCUCUCUAGUUCUAAAACCCUUCAUGUUACUGCCUAAAGAUAUUUUGUGGUAAUUGUAUUAUUGCUACAUUAUUCUUGGUUUAAAACUUCGUUAUUCCAUGUUUUUUUUUAAUCAUGCAUUGGUAGAAUCCACCAUUGUUCUUAUUGUCUCUGGUUAUCCAAUGGGAUUCAAAUCAUGUUAAUGAUGACUGGUGACUACCAAUAAAAUAUCAUGCAUCAGUUUCAAAUACAAGUACUAGAAACCACAGAAUUAUGUUGCAAUGUUGUAGGACAAGUUAAUAGUCCAUGAAGGUUGUUUUAAAUUAGCAUUUAAUAAGCACCCAAAAUUACUCAUUUACCUAAGAAGGUACAAUACCAAUGUCCAUAUCUUGUGACUCAUGUAAUUAAUGAAUUAAAUUAAAUCUGUUAAAAGUAUUUAAAAACCACCCAUUGUAUAAUUUUCAAUGUUUUACCUACCUUAUCUGUUAUCCUCUAAACUUGUUAAGAUUUAACCUUUUUGUAGGAAUAAAUAUGACUAUACCUUAUAAUAUAAAUAAAAUAUGCAAAAGUUAAUGAUUUAAGUUUCAAGUGAUCAAGUGAUUCGAACUUAAAAAUCAAUUUGAAUUACAGAAAUUAUUGUGCAUAAGUAUUACAAAAGGAAUGAAUGCUAUAAAUUGUACAUAAUAUAAAAUAUCUAUUAUUGUAGGUACAUUGUAAAAUGCUUAGUUUUUCUUGAAGUAAAGGUAUUGAUGUUAA